AUUCACUUAUUAAUAUUUUUAUUAAAUUGAUAUUUAUAGUUUUUCUUUUAAAUAAUUUUUACUAUGGCUCAAUACUUAAACAAUUUAUUGACAACAGUAAUUAUUAAUUUACUGUUUUUCAAAAAUAUAAGUAACACAGUUAUAAUAAAUAAGUCACAUGAUGAAUGGAAAAAUGUAACAGACACUUAUUUAAGACAAUCAAGUACAGAUAAUUUAAACAGUACCGCAAUAGUAUCAACGACUAUUGCUACGACGACAGAAACUAAUGAAAGAGCAUGUAAAUGUGGUGGCGGUUUAUGUUCUUGUUGCUCAAAAUUAUUGUAUGACAGAUGGAAACAAAAAGCGUGUGUUGAAGUAACUUAUGAUCCAGACGAGUUCAGUUUUACGGCUAAAAUAAUGUUUAACGACCGCGUAUUGUAUACAAGAAGCGUAUCCGGUAAAAAUCCGCGGCCUAUUUGUGUUCCUUUACCUCGUAUUCCGUUGGUGAGGGCUUGCGUUAGAUUUUACAAUAUUUAUUUUCAAGGACGUAAUGUACAUAUGUGCGUUAGUAUGGAGGGAAAGUUCGAUGACACGACUCUGGUUAAGGUAAAGUUGGCUAUGUUUUUAUUAAUUAAUGUUCGCUAAAUAUAUUACGAGUUUAUGUUACCUUCAGUUCGAAUAGUAGGACAAGUGGGGCCACUUGAAAUUUAAAAUUUUAAAUCAGUUCUCAAAAUUUUACUACUGA